GRCGCAAAUCUAAUCAGACCACGCUAGCGCUAUAAUCAUAAGCAUUCUAACUCUAUCACUCACAAAGACAACGUUGUUUCCAAACAACGAACUUCAAAAUUUAAGCAUUGCUUUAUAAUUUUUUUAUAGAAUUUCUUUUCAAAUUAUGGACGGACGCAAGCAGAAACCGASCAAAGACUUGAUCAUGAUGAGGCCAGGGCUUCGCGCCCAAGUGCCCGAUUCGCCAUCUCUCUCUAUGGCUUCAUCAUCGUCCAGACGACCCUUACACUACACUAACGCUGGCUAUGAAAACGCUGACACACUGAGUAACGGCCCUGACUAUGAGGACUUAGAUCUCUACAGAACCGCCGGCCCGCGCAAACAGCCGAACGUAAUUUACGAGUCAUCCACCCCAAUACCGCCUUCUCCAAUGCCACAACGUAUGGAGAUGCAUCGAAAGAGGCAAAUGACCGAGUGCUCCGAUGACUCCACUAGCACGGGCAGUUUUGAGCAUCAUUACCAUCGCUCCAAAAGAACCCGAGGCAAAGACUUGCUCCUUGUGUUCAUCUUGCUCAUCUCCUUGGCUUCUCUGACUCUUGUUGUGUUAAUGGUGUUUGGUUUUCUGGGGCCUAAAUGUUCUUCAUGCGACUCAAAACAAGCACCUGUCAAUCAGAAGUAUCUGACYAAGAUCCACAAACCUGUCAUAAGCAGCGAAAACUACCACGAAGAGAUCGAGAUGUUGAAAAAGAACAUCUCAAAACUGGUAAGAACUUGAUAURAUYAAAGRUUU